GCGGGGCGCUCGGUCAUCCGUUGGCGCCGCGGGGGCCUGGCUGGGGUUUUGCAGGAGGGGUUUGAGGAGUCCAGUGUGAAAUCGCUGCAAAAGCAGGGAUGAUUAUACAAAGAGUAGUGCUGAAUUCACGCCCUGGUAAGAAUGGGGUGCCAGUGCCUGAAAACUUCAGACUGGAGCAAAGUACAAUACCAGACACAGUGCAAGAGGGACAAGUACGUGUUAGAACCCUGUAUCUCUCUGUGGAUCCAUACAUGCGCUGCCGGAUGAAUGAAGAUACGGGUUCAGAUUACCUCCUGCCUUGGCAGCUCUCUGAAGUUGCUGAUGGUGGGGGCAUUGGGGUGGUGGAGGAGAGCAAGCAUAAUAACUUUGCUAAAGGAGACAUCGUCACUUCCUUCAAUUGGCCCUGGCAGACAGUGGCCAUUCUGGAUGGAAGCUUGCUACAAAAGGUUGUUCCACAACUUGUGAAUGGACACCUUUCCUACUUUCUUGGCGCGGCUGGAUUGACAGGACUGACAGCCUUGCUAGGUAUAAGAGAGAAAGGCCAUGUGACUGUGGGUGCCAAUCAGACCAUGGUGGUGAGUGGAGCAGCUGGCGCCUGCGGUUCUUUGGCUGGCCAGAUUGGCCGUCUGGACGGGUGCUCUAGAGUUGUGGGUAUUGCUGGCACAGAUGAAAAGUGCUCCAUUUUGGUCUCAGAAAUGGGGUUUGAUGCUGCUAUCAAUUACAAGAAAGGGAAUGUGGCACAGCAGCUCCGUGAACUCUGCCCAGGUGGUGUGGAUGUUUACUUUGACAAUGUUGGUGGAGAGAUCAGUGAUACAGUUAUAAGCCAGAUGAAUCAGAACAGCCAUAUCAUCCUGUGUGGACAGAUUUCUCAGUAUAACAAAGAUGUGCCUUAUCCUCCUCCAUUGCCUCCUGACACAGAAAAAAUACAGAAAGAAAGAAACAUCACAAGAGAAAGAUUCUUGGUGUUGAACUACAUGGACAAACAAGAAGCUAGCGUAUCACAACUCUGUCGGUGGAUCCAAGAAGGUAAACUGAAGGUCAGAGAGACAGUGGUAGAAGGCUUAGCGAAUAUUGGUGCUGCUUUCCAGUCCAUGAUGAAUGGAGGCAAUAUUGGAAAACAGAUCGUCCUAGUUUCUAAGUAAAAGUCAUUGCUUGGGGAAAAGUAAAUGAUUCUAUCCAUAGUAAUAAGCAAGUUUUACUUACAGUAACUACCACCUUAAAUAUACAAUUGUUCUUUAUGUACUAGAAGCAGAUAUUUUAGGAUGCUAAGGCAAAAACCAUGCUAAUAAACUGAACAGAAUUGGAAACAGGAAUGCAAUAGUUUAUACCAAAUAUGGUAAUAUAUUUGACAUGAUUUGACAGCAGUCAAUUAGCACAAGUACAAAUAAUUCAUGGGUAUUGGAAGUUAGACCACCUCAGGAACUAUUUUCAAUAAGUAAUUUGUAUACAGCCACCUGGUUUUAGAUGUGCAUACAUCUGUGUUGUUCCUAUGCUAAUUUGUCUCAUUGCCCAAGAACUUGAUAAUUUUUCAUUUACCAGUAUAAGCUUAGCUUGACAGCCCAAUCAAUCUGGCUAUCAUCUUAAAAUUAUAUGUGUUAUAACUUUUUUUUUCCCCAGAUAAGAGCAAUCAAAAAUUCCAUUUCUACAACUCAAGUUCUGUGAUAUCAAAGAUACUUCUAUUUUGCCAUCUGGAACAAGUUUCCACUGAUUGCAUUUCCCAUUUUUCUGUACUGUAUCAUUAUAUGAUCUAUUUUCAGAGUACCUUAAACCUAGUUCAUUUAGAAUUCCAUCUGUAUGCUGCCUGAGACUUCCAUCAGAGAAAGGUCUGGCUAUAAGGGCUAGCUUGUUUUGGCAUAACAAUGCUCUUUUACCAUUUUGGAAGCUUGAGAAGUCAGCCACUGUUUCCAAGUCUGACUAACAUAACCUCAAUCCAAGCGAUAUGGAUGCAAUUUAAACAUCUUCAAAAUAAAGCCAUUAGAAUUCCACCAUUAUGUACAUUUAGAAACACUGGCACAUUAAUUUAGUGAUUAGGAUAACUUAUGAUAGCGUAACUUACAAGCUAUUGGUUUUGUUUUAAAUAUUUGCCUUUAAGAGGAGUGCUUCCAAGCAGUAGGGUGGGCUGAGAAUGGAUCCUCUAGAUCUUCUUGAGUCACUAUCUACACUCUAAAUGGAAUCCAAGAACUAGGAGAGAAACUAUACAGGAAGUUUAGCAUUUAAGUCUUUUUGCACACUGUAGAAAGAGAACAGAUAACAGAACUGCCUCAUAUCAUUGUGAGCAAUAUGAAAAACAGUCCCUUGAUUUCCUAAUGCUGAAGCUGACCCUGAAAGAAAGCAUACAGUGACUAAUGCUUUAGGCUUUGAAGAGAAAGACACCUGCAUAAUAGGAUUACAUUCACAUCCAGCUAGAUUCUCAAUCCAAUAUCAACAUCGCUAACUUGAGCACUAGCAACAUCAUGCUGGGACAGAAGCCAAAUUGUUGUGGAAUAAAAUCAACAUCAUUGUAGUUGGCAAAUGAAGAUAAAAAGCAUCAGAUGGAAGAAAUUCUGCGAAUUCCUGCUUACUGACUGUUUACAGAUGAUACUCAUUCCUGAAAUGUGGGCAUUUCAAGCUUAAAGACUUGAUAAUUUGUACACAGAUGAGAGAGAGAGGAGGGAGCUAAGGGGAAUACGGCCUUUUCAAACAGAACCAGAUGUUCUAUUGAGUGUUCUGGUACAUCAGAUCAUGUGACUUAAUUGUCACCUUUCCUUUUUUUUCCUCUCUCACGUACACACACUUUAGAUUGAAACAGCAUCAGCCUGGAGGCUGUUAUGAAAUGCACACCCUCUUCUGCAGUAAAACUUCUACAAGGCAGUAGGCUGGCCUUAAUGCACUGUAACAAUCUUUCUGAAUAGACUUCCUCCUCCUAAAGUCCAGUUUAUUCCUAAAGUUCAACUCCAAAUGUAAAAGAAAAAAAACAAAACAGCCCACUUCUUCACACAAA